CAGAGAACUGCCAAACGAUAAUCCAACAUGGACAAAGGGCGAAAAUCCGACUGCUAAAAAGCCACCAGUCUUCUUAUGGGGUAACGACGACUCCGACAUGCGCUUUAUGCUAACGCAUAACUUCACCAACCUACUGCAUCGCAAAGUGCGAGAAGGCAUGAACAAAAGACGGUGUCGUGAACUACGCGGAGCCAGAUCCCAGCGCAAGCUUGGUAGCCUACCAGCUCAACGACCCGAACUGACAGCUGAAGAUUGUGUUCCGAAAAGAUCCAAAAGUGAUUCCCGUGGCUUCACUGAGGGCUCCUCCCCCAGGGGUGGCUUCGCGGAUGGUUGCGAAAUCGGACGCCAUACAGCAUGCCAGACUAGCAUCAAUAAAAGCCCCCAAGCAGCCCAGACCUCCAAAGCCGACCUUGCUAUCGACAGGUGGAUUUCAACGAUCGGAGCGGUUGAGACUUGAUCAACCACCACCAAACGCCUUCGUAGUUCCCAUCACCGUGACGAAAACGCCCAAGGCCGGAAGAGUCACAGCCCAACGAGCUGUAGCAGGACCAGCGGUGUCUUUCCUCUCAGUAGCUGAGAGCUCGCCAUCGCCUCCGGCCAUGGAUCCUGAGUACAAGUUCCGUGUCUUCUCGCUAGACAGCAGCACGUCCGACGAAGUCCUCAGGCCAUCAAAGACGGCGCAAGAUCUCAUAUUCUCCAUAACGCUGACGAAUAGUCCAGCAUCUUUCGAGCUGAAUACAUAUCUAUUCCCAUCCUCUUCAGCGGCAUCGACGACAACAACCCGGAAAGGCUUAUGGAAGACUAUCAAGGAUCAGGCGGCUUUAUGAUCACCAACCUUCGACUCAAUGUUGUGUGCAGUUUGAUCAAGGAAAGCGCCGUCAAGUCGGGCAAAAAGUCGCUGAAGAUCGAUCUGUUCCCCGAACGCAUCG